AUGCUACGGUCAAUCCAGGCGUUACCAUACUCUUUCAGAAGAGCCCAGUGCAUCUCCGGAAGGAGGAUGUUUGCUUAUUCUGCUCCGUGGUCUGCAUCGUAUGCGAAAUCGCCAGCUAAGUCUUCUGGCAAGCCCAAGAUAAGCUCGAGCGAGGAAAAAGCAUAUAAGUUUGGAAAUGGCCCAGCCCUCAAAAGCUUCGACAAAGAGGAUCUACGGGGUCUAUCUGGACUCUACGAACGCGUGCAUGAAUUCUACGAACUCAAGUUACUUCCCGAAGUGAGGUCAGCAAUGAUAGAAGAGCUGAAAGAGAAUACGGUUCUUAAGUCCCAGAACUACAUGAGUCCAAACAGGAAAAAACUGUCGGAGUCUGAGCUGAAGGGCCUUGUGAUACGACCUACUAACAUCCAAAAAGCUGCUAUCAAAAUUAUAAAUGGCAACCCCAAAACCCCCAAGCUACUGAAUCCUUACAUUCUGGCUGGAGAAACGGGAUCGGGGAAAACGUGGGCAUACUUGGCACCACUUUUGCACAGAUUGCGCGAGUUUUAUAUUGCAGAGGGCUUUGAGCAGUCCAAUAAGCCGGGGAUACGAAGUGUUAUUUUGCUUCCAACCCACGAACUGGUUGACCAGGUCUUCAAAACCGUGGAACAUACCAAAAAUACCUUAGGCACGAAAGUGGUGCUGUGGGACUUGGACUCGAACUUCAAAGAUUUUAUGGAUAGUUAUAGACAAGGAAUUGACGUUCUGGUGACCACACCAGGGAAACUGGCGUCUUUGGCAAAAUAUGAUGAUAUUCAAAACCUCAGACAGUUGCUGAAAAAUGUCAGUUUUUGUGUGGUUGAUGAGGCAGAUACACUCAUGGACGAAUCUUUCAUCGAGGAUACUUAUGACCUGCUUAAAAAAAUGAACGGUCUGCGUCAUUUGGUCUUCGUCACGGCUACCAUCUCCUCCUCGCUGAGAAAAGUGGUGAAGUCAUUGUUCCCUGACUUUGUUCCAAUCACCACUCCAUCGCUCCACAAGAUCCCUAAGGCAAUUGAGAUCCGUGUGAUAGACGCCAAACCCAAACCAUAUAACGGGUCACGGCUUAAAGCACUGGCUCAAGUUCUUUACGCUAUCCAUUGUGAUGGAACAGAGCCAGGUUAUGAAAAAAGAGUUGUCGUCUUCGUUAACGAGAAAAAGCAUGCUCCGAUUUUAGCCCAGCAGCUCCGAGAGAGAUACAAACAUGAUGUAGAGAGCAUGACGUCAGACGACACACCUGAGGAUCGAAGACGAAUUCUAGAGCCUUUCAUCAGUCCUCCCCAGCCACUUAAGGAUCCUUCGAAGCCAACGCUUAAAGUGCUUAUAUGCACAGACCUGAUGUCCAGGGGUAUCAAUUUCCGCGGUGUGCGUAACGUGGUACUGUACAAUAUUCCAAACAUGACCUCGGACCUGGUCCAUAGAAUGGGACGGACAGGCAGAAUGAACCAAUCGGGAAGAGCGUUUUUGAUUCUGGAAGAUAAAAGCGCUCCUAAUACCAAGGGACUUGCAAAGGUGUUGCGUAAUAACAGACGUUUGGCGUAG